AACCACUAUCAAUUAGGGUACAGUGUAUGUGAUGUGGCUUUAAGUUAAGUAGUAGUUUAAAAUUAUUAUUAUGAAGGUUUACUUAGAUUAUUUAUAGGCUAAGGACACCGACCAACACACACUAAACUAGCCCGUUAUUCAGGAAUGGUUCAUGCGCGUGGCGCGUACUGGGACAUGCCCGAAGAGAGAGAAGAGGGAGGCGGCAACUGCGGGACUAAGAGUAAUGUUCACUGCCCGCGACAGGGACACUCCAUAGGACCAUAGGACCACACGGGACGCGGGACACAGGACGUGUAUGGUUUCAGAACAGCCGGAGCCAGGUCCAGGGGCUCACGCAGAACAGCCACUCUGGAUGUGGAGAUAUUCCUGCAGGAGUGAUGUCGACUGAGAUCCAGAGGAGUUGAACACAGCCUGGGGUCAGAGGUCAGGCCUAAAAGCAUCAGUAAACACACAGGACUAGGAUCUGCACCUGCCCAAGUUGGAACAGAACAGCAUGAGUUAGAGCGCCCCCUGCAGCCCAUCAGUACACCUUCAUGAGCCCACAGAAUGAGGUGCAUGCCCUCUCGGAGCGCCUCCUCGUAGCCUCGCACAAGGGACAGCUCCAAAAUGUGGUUCACCUUAUCAACAAGGGAGCGGAGGUGGCAGUGACCAGGUUCGGCCGGAGCCCUCUGCACUUGGCAGCUCACAAAGGGCACAUUGAGGUUGUGCAUGUCCUGCUCAGAGCUGGCUGUGACCUGGACAUCCAGGACGACGGCGGGCAGACAGCACUGCACCGGGCUGCUGUGCAUGGGAACACUGCAGUCAUCAGCGCUCUGCUCCAGGAGGGCUGUGCUCUGGACCGGGAGGACAAGGAUGGAAACACUGCUCUCCAUGAAGUUUCUUGGCAUGGCUUCAGUCAGUCAGUCAAGCUGCUGGUAAAGGCUGGAGCUAAUGUUCACGCGAAAAACAAGGCAGGGAACACAGCUCUGCAUUUGGCCUGUCAGAAUGGACACACUCAGAGCACCAAGGUCCUGCUGUUAGGGGGCUCCCAGCCGGACGCACGCAACCAUACAGGGGACACGUGUCUUCAUGUAGCAGCGCGUUACAACCACCUGCCCAUCAUCCGCAUCCUGCUGGGUGCUUUUUGCUCAGUGUCACACAAAAAUUUGGCUGGGGACACACCGCUCCACGUGGCGGCUGCUCUCAAUCAUAAGAAAACAGUUGGUCUGUUGUUGGAGGCUGGAGCUGACAGUCGCAUCUGCAACAAUGCAGGCCAUACUGCGCUGGAUUUGGCGAGAGAGCACAACAACCCCCAGGUGGCGCUCCUCCUAACUAAAGCACCACAGUGCUUCGUCCGUGGCAGAAGUGCCAGGAAGAGGAGAGAGAAACUAAAGGCCGAGGGUCGAGCUCAGUCAGUCCCCCGAGAUGAGAUGCUGCCCUCGAAGGAAAGUGGCUCUGCUGCAGGUGACACACCUAGCAGUGACUUUGCAUCCAAAAAGUCUGACGAGAUCAAACAAGCCAACAGCAAACAGGCUAAAGACAAGAAAGGCCAGGGCAAGCAGUCACUAUCUGACCCCCUGCGACGUAAAGAGGCCAGACACAGCAGCACCCUCCACAGGCGAAAAGGAAAACUACGAGGAGUGUCCCCUCACACUUCCUUACCUCCUCACAACUACAAGGCCUACCAGCUGUACACUCUGUACCGUGCCAAGGAUGGCAGGGUUAUGCAGGCACCACUGAGUGGCUGUCGCUGUGAACCUCUCAUCAGCAAACUGGAGAACCAGCUAGAGGCAACCAAAGAGGAAAUGAAAACUGAGAUUCAUUCUGUCCAGGACCUGAUGAACUCAAAGUUAGGCCAGCUGGACUGCAGCAACAAGCACCAGAUACGAGCUCUUGAAAAGCUAACCCAGGAGAGGGUGUGGGCCGAGAAGAGCCAGUGUCUGCAGAGGAUCGAGCAAAGGGCCCUUCAGGAGCGUCAGGAGAGCCACAAGCGGCAGGUGUCUUUAAUGAAUGAGCUGAAGAGCUGGUGUCUGUCCAAGCUUCAGAACAUUGACACUGGCUCCUGUGAGACUCAUGGUCUGAGUGAAGCAGCUGUGCUUACUGUGGUGCCUGACACAACUAAGAUUGAGGCCUCGCAGGCAGGAGCCCCAGGUACCGGAACUCCGGAGGCUGGAGCAACUUCAGCUAACGACUUUGCGGUCCAUGUGGAUACAUCUGCAGAGAGAGUAGAUGUAGCCUCUGAUCCAGUAGUGCGACCCAAGCAGCGAGCUGUGCUCUCCUCAGACCUGAGGAAGGACAGAGACCAGGCAGGUUCUGGUCUGGACAGCAGCAGAAAGCACCGCACCAGCAGCCUUGACAGAUCCAAGAGCCAUCGGAGGCACUCUCAGGGCAGGACUAAGAAUAAAGGAGGUGUAGAGGUGUUCAGGGAGCAGCCUGACUCCUCACUGACUCAGGAAAGGGACAGGCAUGCGGUGCAGGUGACUCAGCACUUGUUUGAGACUGUGUCCAUGCAGAUGGAGCGCUGGUAUGAGAGAAAGUUGCAGGAGGCCAGAUGGCAGGCUGAGCAAAAGGCCCAGGCUGACCGUGCUGCUCUCCUGGACAGAAUCACACACCUGGAGGAUGAGCUGCGAGUGCUCCGGGCUCAGCAGCACUGCAGCUAAUACACUGCAGCAUGUGCUCAUCAAAGCUGCCAUUCUACUGUUGUUUCCUGUCUAGACUCAUAGGCUCCUCUGAAGACAAGACAACAGUGGAUGAAGAAAUAUCAUCUGUAACAGCUGACAGCAUUUUCAGAAUCUGGACCAAACGGUAACAAUGUUAUGCUCCAGCCCACAACUGAACAUAGGUAUAACCUUCUGAAGCCUUAGUUCGGUGUAACAGACGUCAUUAAUCUCUGUUGUAAAGUGAUUCAGAACAGUUUGACCAGUGUUUAUUAGAGGGACAAAAUAAAGUUUUAGUGAUACAAGUAGAAACUAAAGUGAGAUGUUAGCUUUUUAGUACAUAUUAAGUUACACUCACAUUCAGCUAUUUUUUUUAACUAAUUUUUAUUUGUUA